GAGCGGUGAUGAGCAUACCAUCGUCAGAUCAAGUGAAUCGGCGCUGUCAUCGACAUACCGCAAGGCUAAGGGAUGGAUUCGAAAGGGAUCGAAAUCAAAAGAUUAUGUGAGCUAUGAAAAAAGAGCUAGGAACGACCAACAAGUUACUAACAGUAAUGUCCCGGGCGGUGAGGAGGAAGGGUUCGAUUCAAGUACCGCAAUACAGGCAAGACUGUCUACGAGCGAUGACGAGACGGCAACUUGACUGGACGGGGUUUACUUUUUCUUUUAAAUAAAUAUAAGAAUAAUCGUUUUUCUCAAAAAC